ACAACAGACCUCCAGAUCUUCAUCCACGCUCUUCUCCAUCACCCUUCCUGCCGCUGACUCUGCUCCUCAGUGACUAUGACUCUACUGCUGACAGCGCUUGGAGCUCUGCUCUGCUCCUUGACGGUUUCUUCUGAAAUCAUGCCACAGGCAGACUUCAAUUUACAGGGGGUGGCGGGGAAGUGGUACCUGAUUGGAUUUGCCACUAACGCCCAGUGGUUUGCCAACCGCAGAGCCAGCAUGAAGAUGGGCACGACCAUUUUAACCCCAACUGCUGAUGGGGACCUGGACAUGUCAUACGCUAGUCUCACCCAUGACGGCUCUUGCUGGAGGCUGAACAACCUGGCUAAGAAGACCGAUGUGCCUGGAAAGUUUACGUACGCGAGUGAGCGCUGGGGGAAUCAGAACGACAUGCGCAUGGUUGACGUGAAGUAUGACGAGUACGCUCUGACUCACACCAUCAAGACCAAAGGGGGCGAUACCACCGUUGUCAACAAACUAUACGGCCGUGGAGAGGACCUCAGCGCUGAUCUGCUGGAGAAGUUCCGGCAGUUCUCCUUGGAGACUGGCAUCCUGCCUGAAAAUAUUGCUUUCCUUCCAAAAAAUGCGGAGUGCCCACCUGCCUAAUUUUCUGCCCCGUCAUCAUGCCAGAGAUGCUCGAGAGCUUCACCUUUGUUCACAAUACUCGACAUCUGUAAAGCUCACUGCCAAGAACUGAGAUUUGUUUUUCACCCCACUUUAUUUACUCUGCUCUUUCAAUUGUUUUAUUAAGAAUGGACCAUUAAACAUGAUGUAAAGCCUG